GGACAGAUACGUCAGGUUGCUUCUUGCACUCAAGAUCCCGAAGCUGCAAGAGGGUGUUGGUGGAUUAUAAGCACACACCAAGAGCAGCAGAGAUCUGCAAACCUCAACCGAAGCACAGCAGCCACAGAGGACCAUGGCAUUUGCAGGGAUGUUGAGCGACGAGGACAUCCAGGCUGCGAUCCAGGCUUGUCAAGCUCCAGGCACGUUCAACUUCAAGUCAUUCUUUGAACAAGUUGGACUGACCGGCUUAUCUGAGGCAGACAGAAAAAAAGUGUUUACAGUCCUGGACCGAGACAAGAGUGGAUAUAUUGAAGAGGAGGAACUCAAACUGUUCCUUCAGAAUUUCUCUCCAGGGGCCAGAGAGCUGACUGUAGCUGAGACCAAGGGUCUGAUGGCUGCUGGGGAUAAAGAUGGCGAUGGCAAGAUUGGAAUAGAAGAAUUCUGUGAUCUCCUGAAAUAAAGAGAAUUUGCAUACAUAUAUGACCACGGCUGUCUACCCCUAUUCUGAAUAAUGGAUUUGUUAUGUAAAUCAUGACUAUCUGGAUUGUUUCAUGCAAAGACCAAAAACCUCAUAAAUUCUGUACCUGCCUGCUGCUCUCCCUGUUGAUGUGAUACAAUGUUGCAUAAGAUGUUUAGUAGAGAGAUGGCCAAAGUUGGGUGCUAAAUAUGUGUGUUUAAUCAAUCAGGCACCUUGAGUGGAUUAAUAAAUACAGGCUAUUAAAGAUGUAAAAUUAC